CUCUCUCUGUUGCUGCUGCCCGCCGCCUCCCCCUUUUUUCUCUGUCUUCCUCACCCACCCCCUUUCUCUCAGUCUCCCUCGUUCCUACACCUUCAGUCUACUUCUGUUGUCUCGGCGGAUUGUUGGGCUGUGGGAGAGAAAGGAUAUCGCGAGUAUUGGAGUUUUGGUGAGAGUUUGUGGAAGAUGGCGCCUGUUGUGACAGGGAAGUUCGGGGAGUGCCCUCAGCCACAGCGCCUGACAAGAGAAGCGAUGAGGAAUUACCUGAAGGAGCGAGGCGACCAAACUGUCAUGAUCCUGCAUGCAAAAGUUGCACAGAAAUCCUACGGCAACGAGAAAAGGUUCUUCUGCCCUCCUCCCUGUGUUUACCUGAUGGGCAGUGGCUGGAAGAAAAAGAAGGAGCAGAUGGAGCGAGACGGCUGCUCUGAGCAGGAGUCGCAGCCAUGUGCCUUCAUCGGCAUCGGCAACAGCGACCAGGAAAUGCAACAGCUUAACUUAGAGGGAAAGAAUUAUUGCACAGCCAAAACCUUGUACAUAUCCGACUCCGACAAGAGAAAGCACUUCAUGUUGUCUGUCAAGAUGUUCUACGGCAACAGCGCUGACAUCGGUGUCUUCCUCAGCAAGAGGAUCAAAGUCAUCUCCAAGCCCUCCAAAAAGAAGCAGUCCCUGAAAAACGCUGACUUGUGCAUUGCAUCGGGGACCAAGGUGGCGUUGUUCAACCGGCUUCGGUCCCAAACAGUCAGCACGCGCUAUCUACACGUGGAGGGCGGCAACUUUCACGCCAGCUCCCAGCAGUGGGGCGCCUUUUACAUCCACCUGUUGGAUGACGAGGAGUCAGAAGGAGAAGAGUUCACUGUGAGAGACGGUUACAUCCACUACGGCCAGACUGUCAAGCUGGUUUGCUCCGUCACUGGCAUGGCCCUGCCCAGACUGAUAAUCCGUAAAGUGGACAAGCAGACAGCGCUGCUGGACGCCGACGACCCUGUCUCCCAGCUCCACAAGUGUGCCUUCUACCUGAAGGACACAGAACGCAUGUACCUGUGCCUUUCCCAAGAAAGGAUCAUCCAGUUUCAAGCCACUCCAUGCCCAAAGGAACCAAACAAGGAGAUGAUCAACGACGGCGCCUCCUGGACAAUCAUCAGCACAGACAAGGCCGAAUACACUUUCUACGAGGGCAUGGGCCCCGUCCACUCGCCUGUCACCCCUGUGCCUGUAGUAGAGAGCUUACAGCUAAACGGUGGCGGCGAUGUCGCCAUGCUGGAGCUGACGGGACAGAACUUCACUCCAAAUCUGCGGGUCUGGUUCGGAGACGUUGAGGCUGAGACCAUGUACAGGUGUGCGGAGAGCAUGCUGUGCGUGGUGCCUGACAUCUCCGCCUUCCGCGAGGGCUGGCGCUGGGUGCGGCAGCCCGUCCAGGUGCCUGUCACGCUGGUUAGGAACGACGGCAUCAUCUACUCCACCACACUGACCUUCACCUACACGCCGGAGCCCGGGCCGCGGCCACACUGCAGCGCCGCCGGGGCCAUCCUGCGGGCCGGAAGCUCCAGCCUGCUCAGCAACAGCAGCCAGGAUUCCGGCCCUGGCGUCUACGGCCCCAACAGCACCUCCAACACGGGAGUCACAUCCUCAUCCUCUGCCGCCGCAGCUGUGGUCUCCUAACGCACACAGGGGGCCACUCGUUACAAUAUGCCUUGAGAGCAAAUGUACCGCAAAGGUAUAUAAAGACUAUGGGAAAUAAACAAAAACUGACUCACUCUAAAGUGCUGCGUAUUAAUUUUGGAUACAAAGAAGCUGAAAAGGAAAACUUGGUGGGAGAAAGGAGCAAACGCAGGGGAAAACUGAAGGAGGAGCGACGUCACAACGCUGUCAGCCAAUAGGAAUAAGUGAAAGUGCUCCUUGAAACCCCCCCCACCCCCACCCCCCCCCCCCUCUUUGGUUACUUUAGGGACCUGCCUAUACAGUUCUGGUGUUUGGAAUGAGUGGAGUUCCUGCAGGCUCAGAGCACCAGCACCUUUCUACGGCUGUGAGAAUGGAAACCACAACAACAAUACAUCCAACAUGUCGCCGUGUACAAAAAAAAAUCUCUUGAAAGUAUAUUUUUUUGCCCCCGCCCCCCUUCCACCACUUGUUUUAUAAUUAUUCCUUUUGUUUUGUGUUAUUUUGCAUUCGUUCCUUAAAGGGGGCUGGAUGUAUUGUUGUUGGAGGGAGCGCAAGGAUGCCGAGGGACACAUAAAACGUGACGAUAACAUAGUUUUUAUGGACCAAGGAUCUUGUAUAAGCUUUAGUAAAGGUACAUUUUUCUCCAUACCUUUUUUGUAUUAAACAUAUAGUACACUUUUGUUACCAAAUAGUUUCUAUUCUUCCUCUGAGCUUGGGCUUUGUUUUCCCCCUUUGAGGUCCAAAAUCCCAACCUGUAUGUUACUGCGACCUUACUACAAACGCCUGCUUUUUCAGUCUUUGGAUUGAGCUUUUUGUUUGUUUUGUUUUUUUUCCUUUUGAUACUCUUGCUUCUUCUGAUGGGGGGAAAAAUCUGAAGUCUGGGUUGUUUAUUUGCGUAAGCAAAGGUUGCUUUUUGGUUUUUUUGGUUUUUAAAUUGGGGAAUAACCUCAGAGGGCCUAUGUUUUUAUCAUUGGUUUUUAUGAAGUCUUUAAAAAGAAAAGCUUUAAGCAACGCCUCUGCCUUGCCUGCAAUACUCUAUGUGCGCGAUGUCUCCUUUGAAAAGUAUACACAUCAGUACAUCUCACAUGGAGCCAUAGCAACAUUUGCAGAAUACAUGAAAAAAUAGACUUCCAUGGUUACGAAAACAAACUCGGUUUGUCAUUUUCAAACUAUAGUAACGAGCGUAGUCACUGACUUAAAAGGAUAGCCUUAGUACUGUAUAUUCUUACUGUGUACACAUUCAAACCAGUCACAUAUCUUAUAUCCUGUGUCUGUUGCUUUAUUGGUCACUGUAUCAGAUAAUGUAGUGAAAGUUGUCUCUCCAAACUGCACCUAGCCAGGUGUCUUCCAGUGUGUGCUGUAGUUCUGUUGGCAUUUAACUCCAGUGGUUUUCCAAAAAAAGACUUUUCAAUACUCUUUUCAAUUUGAUGUGGCCUUACUGAUAACUUCAAUUACAAAAAAAAAUACUUCAUCUUUUUCUUAUCUGUUGUUAACUCACCUUGGAGGAACCUGUGCAUAGCACACAAACAUGCUAAUGCCUCGCUUCUUAUCACAGGAGCUCUGCUGUUUGGAGCUCGUUGAACCACCUUGUCGUGCAUAGCAGCCUUCUGAAGGAUCUCUUAGCCUUCGUCUUUUGGUGUACAAGUACAAAGAACCCCGUUUUUUAUUCUCAUGCCGGUGCCCAGCACCUUUUCACUUUUGGUACAAUGUCUCACGAGCGCUGUAAGCUCUUUUCAGCCUUCUUUUUUUUUAAAAAACAAAACAAUCUCCUGUGGUUUAUUAUCUUUGCAGAAACGUGUGUGUGUGUGUAUGUGUGUGUGUGUGUGUGUGUACAUUGUAAACGCACUGUCUAAGUAGUUGCACUCAUCUGUGUUCAUGCCGACCGCGUCUCCUGUAGGAGUAUAAAGGCCUUCUUAAAUGUGUAUUAUUGCAGAUGUGCAGUUCCAAACAUAACAGCAAUAUUGUACAGGUCAUUUCAUCGUCUUUGUCUGCCUGAGCACUAGUUCACCAGCCAGUGUGCGUGCGUGUGGGUGACUGUCAUAUGUAGUUGCCGUAAUGGAAUACUGAGUCAGACUCGCUCCAUUUCAACCAACCGCUCUCCAAAAAGGAAAAAACCUUUGAGAUUCACGGGUCUUUUCUGUCUUCCACCCGGAUCCAAAUGUCUUAUAAUUGUGGAUAAACAUUCAAAGGCAAUACUUGUGAUUUUAGUAUUACAGUACAACUGUAAACUCUUCCGGGGAAAAAGGAAUAGAACAACGAUACUGUAACUUGAAUGUCUGCUUAAUGAAGUAAUUUCAGAAUUUUUCUUACAAACAAACCCUUGAAAUAGGAACAAAAAAGGAUUCGCUUGCACCCCCUUCGAUGUAAAAAAAAAAAAGAAAAAAAGAUGAACUUAAGUUAUGCCCCCUGUUUCGGCACCCUGCCCACCUGUCAGUCAUUAGUGUAAAAUGUUUUAUAUUGUAAUAAUGAUAUUUUUUAAAUUAUUGGUACAAAGUCUCCCCUUAUGUCAGGAAAAAAAAAGAAAAGAAAAGUGCAUUAUUGCCCGUGCUGCCUAGGUUGGCCACUUUCUGUCUGUCCUGGAAUUGUGGAGGACUUGGUGCUGCAGCUGUAAUGUAGCAUCCAAACCUAAUAGUUGCGCUUCUUCACGCUGAAGUCUUGUGACGAGCUGCAGGUCAACCUGAAUUCUUUUAGUCUGCAGGAUGGAGGUCACUAAAUCCCAUCUGUAGAUUUUUAACCUGCGUGUUUUCUCCAUGUUUAUUAGCUCUAAAUUCAGACAGUUUUUAACAUAGCCUCCACAUUUGCAUCACAACCCCCUCUGAGCUUGGAUAUUUUGGGGUUUUUGUUUACAGUCGAGUUGCCUCUUUAGGCCGACCACCCCUGGCUCCUCUUCAUCUUCCUCACGCGAGUCUGAACAGAGCAGCUUUGUCACAUUCGCUCAAACUAAUAAAGGGGGUGGUGCACGCUGUUUAAAAAUAAUAAUAAUGUGUCGCCUUGACAAUCCGAGCUGGUUUACAGUUAGUUUUUCUCUUCAAACGUUCUGCCGUUUUGAGAGAUAGGGAGGGUCCAGAAUAACUUGAUCACAUGCCUUGCUCACGAACUGUCAAAAGCGGUCAGAAAAAUGUUACAUGCCUUCUUGGAAAAAAUAAAUAAAACGCACGCUCUGUUAACCUGGCGACAAAGCUUUCAGAGAGGGAAUCAAAUCUCAUUAGCGAUGCUUUUACAAAAUGGCUUAACCAGUUUCUUUCUACUUCGUGUCUGUCUGGUCAUAUUUGUUUUUGCUCUUCCAAAAGCAGCUGUUCUUGUGUGUGUUUGUUUUUUUUGUAAUGAGCUCUGAACAAUGUAUGUAUCCUCUAAUAUGCCAAAUGUCUUUUUUAUAAUGUAGUUUUCAUGCACUGCUAAACAAAACAGGGCAGAGUGAGAGGCAGCUUUAAACAAAUAAAAAAACAAAACAAAGGAGUGUGGAGCCCUUCUCUGUCGCACUCAGCCUUACUUCUCCUUAAGACUUAUCUGGCUGUUUGCACUACAGAGCGCUAACCUUUCUCUUUCUCUCACACAUUUCAUCCUCACUCGUCAUCGCUCAUGUUUAUGUAUGUACAUUUGGAGUGUUCUCACUUUCUCCUCUUAUUUUAUUUUAUUUUUUUUUUGGUUUUAACAUGCAGCCUGUUAUGCUUAGCUUUGCUACAGUUGGAUCAC